AUGCCUGAAAUCCCCCCACAAGUGCCAGCAGGCAUCGCCGGGCAAGGUGAUGGCCUGUCAACAGCCAACGUCUCCCAGGUGCCGGACGCUAGAAAGAGGUCUAGGUCUUCAAGCGCUCGCAGAUUAUCUAGAUCCUCAAUGAGGACAAUACCUCCAAGUUCCAAGAUUGCGAUCCCUCGACACCGCACAAGCAUGCCCUCGAGAUAUCACAGACGGGUCCCACGAGCAUGUGCAUCAUGCCAUACCCGGAAAACAAAAUGCAGUGGCGAUACACCCGUGUGUAGGCAAUGUCAAGAGUUAGACAUGAAAUGCGUAUAUCCACCGGCCUUGCGCGAGAAGAUGAAAAUGCAGCAGGAGGACUUAUCAAGGAAGCUUCAAGAGUGCCAGAGCUUAUUAGGAGAAGUAGAGCCUCUUGUAUCAGGGCGCAGUGCUCAGCGGAUCAAAGAGAUGUUGAACCACCAGCAACGUCUUGAUUCGGGAUAUAUGUCAAGUGACCUCUCUAAUGGGAACACUUUUCGCUCAAGAGCCUCGUCACUAGCUGAAAUGGAGGAACCAGCCAGUUCACCAUCCUCUGUCGGGUCAUUAGAUGCCCUGGAUCUAGUGGAGGAUGACAUUAAUCUUACUGAGGGGUCUAGAGCUACUGGGCACAUUGGCAAGAGUUCUGAAAUCAUUUGGAUGCAGAGACUGCAAAAGGCAGCAGAUGAGCGCCGCAGAGAACGCGCCGGAUACGCCGAAUCCAGCCCGGAUGGCGCAAUCAGUGAACAGCCCCAUGACUUGAAUUAUCAUCUCGAUGAUCUGAAUAUUACAGUGUUGGAGCCAGUGCAGAAGUAUUGGGUUCCUCCUCGGCCGCUGGCAGACAAGCUUUUUGAGACUUACCUACUAGUCGCUUAUCCCUAUUUCCCCAUCAUUAAUCGUUCUCUAUUUAGUGACCAAUAUAGAACAUUCUUUGAUAGCUUUGCUCUUCCUGGUGACAAAUGGAUGGCAAUUUUGAAUGUGAUAUUUGCCAUUGCUGCGAAUUAUGCUCACUACGCGCAGUUGGACUGGCGUGGAGAGACUCGAGACCAUCUGGUUUACUUAACCAGAGCCGGGAUGCUUAGUAUGGAUGGCGAUAACUUGUUCAGUCACGCAGACCUUCAGCAAGUGCAAGUGGAAGGAUUGAUCGCGUUCUAUCUACUUUCCACAGAUCAAAUUCACAGGGCAUGGAGAGUAUCGGCCUUGGCGAUACGUUCCGCAAUAUCUCUUGGUAUCAACUUGAAGAACAACAGCGAACUCGUCACGAGUAUCUCCAAAGAAAUUCGCAAUCGAGUCUGGUGGUCCUUGUAUGUUGUCGAGAACAAACUUGGUAUGAUGACAGGCCGGCCCACUUGUAUCUCGAUCAGUAUGUGCAGUUCACCAUUCCCACUUCCCUGGGAGGAAACUGACCUCCUGGGACCGACCGCUACUUUGCUUCUCAACGACCCGAUUCUACGCGAUAAACGCAUCAACGCCGCCAUGGCAAGCUCAUAUGUCCCCGGAACGCCCAUGGGAAGAUCGGGGGGUGUUGAGGACAUUAGAGCCGCUCGUUCAUGGCUUCGUGACCAACCUGCCAGCUCUGGACUGUGCUUCCUCUAUUCCUGCGAUCUGACCAUGAUAACUCAAGAAGUCCUUGAUCGUGUAUAUGCCAUUCGAUGUUUAAAACGGCAUUGGUCGUAUCUUCGAGACAGAUUGGCUGAAAUACAAGAAAAGGUUGAUCUUUGGUUCUCUUCAUUACCCAAGGCAUUAGACUUUACUUGUGUUGAAGAAGGUGAUAUAGCCUAUAACGAGAAGAUGCGACUGGCAUUCCAAUAUCAUGGAGCAAGAAUUCUGCUCGGUCGACCGUGCCUCUGUCGGUAUAAAUCUUACCAAACAGAUGAGAAACAGGAGUUCAACCGAGCCAUGUCUCUUUCGGCCUUGGAGUCCGCUACACAGAUAGCCCACUUAAUCCCAGUCGCCGAAAUGUCUAGCUCGCCGCAUCGAAACGGACCUUGGUGGUGCCUUCUUCACUCCGUCAUGCAGGCAGUAACUAUCAUGAUCCUCGAAAUCUCUUUCGGUAGUAUCCACAUGCCUGAAGGAGAGAAUAAUCUACUGCAGUUGACCAAGAAAUGUGUCCGCUGGCUUCAUACAACCUCCGAGUACAGCAUUGCAUCGCGCAGGGCAUGGCAGCUGUGUGAUAUGGCCCUGCGUCGCCUGGCAUCCUCCAUGGGAUUUCAAGUCAGUGACAUGUUAUCGCAUCCAUACUGGCAAGGGAAAUAUUCCAGCGAUGACUAUUUUGGAUUCUCGCCUCUCGAAACCCUCCAGAGAUCGAACAUUCAUGUCAAGGAAGUGGACAAAAAUAUUGAUACUGAAACAAUGUCCUUUCCCAACGGACCAGAUGGGGUCCAUGUCUCUUCAUCAGAGAGUAAACACCACUUUUUGGAGACGUUGCCGUCAGUCUCUUCAGGCCCAGUGGAGGAUGGGGUAAGCCACAGCUCCUUUGCCUACGGGCCUCUCGGCGAGGAUUUUAUUCAAACGUUCUUCCCUGAGCUUGGGAGCGAUGGUUCAAUAAAUGUCCCAACAUCAUAG